UCAUCGAUGAUGUCAAGCAUGAGAGUGAUUCUCAUCAUUCUCACCCUAAUCAACACAGUUGCUCCAAAGAGAGCAGAAGGUGUUCGUGCUUUCUUUGUGUUCGGGGACUCACUUGUUGACAGUGGCAACAACAAUUACUUGCCAACCACCGCACGCGCUGACUCUCCUCCCUACGGAAUCGACUAUCCCACCCGUCGCCCCACCGGUCGCUUCUCCAAUGGCUUCAACCUCCCUGACCUUAUCAGCCAGCAUAUUGGGUCUGAACCCACAUUGUCAUACUUGAGCCCUCAACUCACUGGACAAAAGCUCUUGAUUGGGGCCAAUUUCGCUUCCGCGGGGAUUGGAAUCCUUAACGACACCGGCGUCCAAUUUGUGGGGAUAAUAAGAAUGUUUCAGCAGUUUGCAUUGUUCCAGCAAUAUCAACAAAGGUUAAGUGCAGAGGUAGGAGCAGGAAAGGCAAAGAAAAUAGUGAACGGAGCAUUGGUACUGAUAACAGUAGGUGGUAACGACUUUGUUAACAACUAUUUCGUGACUCCUGUCUCUGCAAGGUCUCGCCAAUUCACUGUCCCCCAGUUCUGCCGCUACCUUAUCUCUGAGUAUCGAAAAAUUCUCAUGAGGUUGUUUGAGUUGGGAGCAAGAAGGGUGCUUGUUACCGGAGCUGGCCCACUGGGCUGUGUUCCUUCUCAGCUGGCUACAAGAAGCACAAACGGAGAGUGUGUUGUUGAGUUACAACAGGCAGCACUGACUUUCAACUCCCUUCUGGUCCAGCUCAUCACACAACUCAACACCAAUGUGGGCUCUGAUGUUUUUGUUGCAGUCAAUGCUUUCCAAAUGAACAUGAACUUCAUCACCAACCCUGAAAAAUUUGGUUUUAUUACAUCAAAGGUAGCAUGUUGUGGUCAAGGUCGCUUCAACGGGGUGGGAGUAUGCAAUUCUUUGUCAAACUUGUGCCCAAACCGUGAUGUCUAUGCGUUUUGGGACCCUUAUCACCCAACUCAACGUGCUUUGGGGUUUGUCGUCCGAGACAUCUUUAGCGGAACUUCUGACUAUAUGUACCCCAUGAACCUUAGCACCAUCAUGGCCAUGGACUCCAACAUCUAA